AUGCAAUGCAAAGGAGAAAAGCCACCACAUCAGCUUACAGAAUACUUCUGUAUUAUACCCAAUGAGUGGGCAAAUAAAAGUAACCGAAAAUGCAUUUGUAGAGCAUGUAUGGAUGUGGUGGGAAAAGAGGUUGCUCUGCAAGAUGAGAAUAUGAAAAUUACUAAUACUUUAUGUUAUUGUUCUAGUUAUCUUAAGGAUUGUCCUUACUUUGCCAUAAAAUAUUCACCUGAACAAAUACAAAAUAUUAUCAACUUGGCUUUGGUCACUUCAACAUCAAAAAAGCGUAUGGCAAUAUCUCAUAUAGAUGAAGAAGAUGAGGAGGAUUCAAUUUCAACAACAUCAACUCACUCUUCUAAUUCAUUAUCAACAUCUAAUAAUAUUGUAGAAUCCUUUUUACAAAAACAAACAACACUAUCUCAAUAUAUUGGUCAUCCUUUUAAUGUAUCAGAAGUUCCCAAAUUUGAACGUCUUGUACUUUGUGCUACAGUUUUAGCUGGAUUUGCCUUCCGAUGGAUAGAAAAUCCUAAAGUUAGAAAAUUAUUUCAAUUUAUUUCUCCAUAUAUAAAAUUACCUAACCGAAAAUCACUUAGCAAUUAUAUUUUAAUGAAUGCAACUAAUGAAGUUCAGACAACAAUUAAAGAUCUUGCUUGCAAUGAUAAAAUUAGUAUUACAAUUGCUUUUGAUGGUUGGCGCAAUAUUCAAAAAGAAGAAGUAAUAUCUAGAAUUUGUAAUCUUUUUGAAGAGACUCUUGUUACCAAAGAUGAUGCGACUUCAGAUAAUGAUUUGAGACUUUCUAACAAUAUUAAAGUUACAGUUAAUCAUGACUCUUUUUGGGAAUCACUUGUUAUAUUACAUAAUAUAUUUUAUCCAUUUUGUGAAGCUCUUGACCUUAUGCAAUGA